CGCAGUGUAAAAAACAAUAACCAAAGGCAUAUUGUACGUUAUACUGCUGUGAUAGUGUCAAACGUCGGCCGAACGCGAGCAGUCGUCGCUAAAACUCGAUAUCUAAUUUUUACAAGUACACAGUAUAUACGCACUCGGUACGAAGAGGUGUACACAGCAAUACUAUACUGCAUAAUAUAUAUACGUCGUGUGCUGCUGCUGCUGCUGCUGCUGCUGCUGCUGUGACGUUUCGAAGGAGUGACUCAGGCUGGGGAAAAACAAUCGUUGGCUUGGCACAAUCCUAUCGUCUCUCGGUCUCGGAAGAACAGUCGUCAAAAUCAUCUGGUAUUCUUGAAUAAAGAAAAACACCAUCAUGCCGAUUCUGUCGAGUUACAACAGCAAUUUCACCAAGUUGCUCGAGAAGGCAACGAGCAAUCUCAAUCUCGAGCCAGAAUGGCCAAAAAUCAUGAGUAUUUGCGAUAUGAUAAGACAAGGCGACGUCCCACCAAAAGUAGCUUUGGCUGCCAUUAAUAAGAAAAUUACCAAUGAUAAUCCUCACACUGCUAGUUUUGGUUUAUUGGUGCUUGAAUCUUGUAUUAAAAAUUGUGGCUCAAUAAUGCAUGACGAAGUCUGCACUAAACAGUAUAUGGAGCAAUUGAAAGAUAUCGCAAAAAAAACUCAACAAGAACCUGUAAGAAACAAAAUAUUGGAAUUAAUCCAAGCAUGGGCCAACGCUUUUAGAGACACACCAAAAUACAGAGCAGUGCAAGAUACAAUGCGCAUUAUGAAAGCUGAAGGUUUUGAAUUCCCUGCCUUACAAGAAAGUGAUGCUAUGUUCGUUGCUGAUAAUGCUCCUGAGUGGGUCGAUGGUGAAACGUGUCAUCGCUGCAGAACAGCUUUCAGUACCUUUGUGAGAAAACACCAUUGUAGAGCUUGUGGCCAAGUUUUUUGCCACCAAUGUUCAGCAAAAACAUCUACCAUACCAAAAUAUGGCAUUGAAAAAGAAGUUCGUGUUUGCAAUACCUGCUAUGAUUUAGUCAACAAACCUGUGGUUGCUAUUAAACGGGAAGAAUCUGAUCUUCCUGCUGAAUAUCUAACCAGUUCUUUGGCCCAACAACAGCAAGUACCGCCACGAAAAACUGAUGAGGAACUCAGAGAAGAAGAGGAAUUACAAAUUGCUCUAGCAUUGAGUCAGAGUGAAGCUGAACAUAAGGAACAAGAGAAGAAACGGGUUACCAGUGCCAUUAUCUCCAAUUCAGCUUCCUCUUAUUCUGCUGCUGCAUUUUCAAAUUCAACAUUUUCAAAUGUCCAGUAUUCACCACCACCAUCUCCAGGACCGAGUCCAUCUAAAAUUCAGGAUGACGAAGAUGUAGAUCCUGAGCUUGCUAAAUAUCUCAAUCGCCAGUACUGGGAACAACGUCAAUCUGCCUUGGAAGAACAAAACUCUAGGCUAAAUGUAACUAGCCCUUCAGCCCCUAACAUGGGGAGUCCAAUGCCAGCAAAGAUCAUUCCAGUAAAGCAACAGCAUCAACAAAAUGGUGAAGUUGAUCCUGAAAUGAAAAAUUUUGUAGAAAACUUAAAAUCGCAAGUAGAGAUUUUUGUCAACCGAAUGAAAAGCGAUUCAUCAAGAGGGCGAUCUAUCGCAAACGAUAGCUCAGUGCAAACACUUUUCAUGAAUAUUACAGCUCUGCACUCUAAACUAUUGAGAUAUAUUCAAGACCAAGAGGAUAAAAGAGUUCACUUUGAAGGUUUACAAGACAAGCUUACACAGAUCAAAGACGCCAGAGCUGCCUUAGACGCAUUGCGUGAAGAGCAUCGCAUAGCCGUUUUGCGCGAACAACAAGAGGCGGAGCGCAAAAAACAAGUCUUGAUGGCUCAAAAGCUUCAAGUGAUGCGCAAAUCGAAACAGGAACAUUUGCAGAUGUUACGCGAAGAAGCUCUCAAUCGUAUUCAAGAGCAAGAGCGGGAAAUGAAAUUACGAGCUGAACAACAAAAACAGCAGUACAUGAUGUCCGGUGGUUAUCAACUUGGGGGAUAUGUCGAUAUGCCUGGUGGUCCUGGCUCUCCCGUACGACAGAUGCCGUAUCCGAUGCAAGAGCCAACUUAUGGCACUAUCACUCAAACUGGUGGCCAGCCUAUUUAUUCGUAUCCAAUGGCUGCCACUGGUCCUACAGAUCCGUAUCUAAUGAAUGCUACAGCAGGAUAUAUGUUGAAACAACAUCCACAACAAACAAUGCCUGAUCCUGCAGCCUAUAAUAAUCAAACUCUCGGUGCUGAAGGACUACCCUUAUCUGGCCAAGAAAGUUUAGGAAAAGUCACUGUAUCUGGACCUGGUAUGAUAAACUCACUUUCAACUUUACCUGAUGUUGAAUCACAACCUCAGUCACAGCAGCAGCAACGACAUUCCUUAGCUCCAGAGCAAGUAAAUUCGGUUUACUCUCAUCAUCAAAAUCCCUCACAUUCAAUCGCUAGUGGUUUAGGGCAGACAAUGAUGGCUGGUCAAAUUGACCCCUCGACACAAAAUGUAGGUAUGGUACCAGCAGGACACAACAGUCUUAACAUGACAUUGCCUGGACAAAUGAGUAUGCCAUCUACCACCAUGUCCUUACCAGUUUCGCAUCAAAUUAGUAAUGGACGAAUGGAAGGCGGACCACAGCACGCGCAAGCAGCAGCUCAACUUCCUCCAGCUGUACCACAAAUGCAGGGAGCUCAAAAAUCACCAAUUGCUCAAACCCACUCAAAAAUGACGUCUUUGCAACAGUUGGAAGAAAUGACUCAACGAAUUCAACCUCAGACGCGACAUUCGCUAAUGACCUCUCAUUUAAUGGGUCAGCCACAGGCCGAAGCAAUGCAUCUUCAAAUGAUGCAACAGCUGCACGCCGAGCAACAAGCAUUGAAACAACAGCCCGUUCAGCAACCGCAACCGAUUCAACAGCAGCAACUUUUCCAACCGCAACAGUCACUUCAACAACAACAACAACUGCAACAACCGAUGCAACAACAACCACAACAUCAACAGCAACAACAACCUCCUCUACAGCAGCAGCAACCGAUGCAGCAGCAACCGAUGCAACAACAACAGCAACAACCUUCUCUACAGCAGCAGCAACCAAUGCAGCAGCAGCCGAUGCAACAGCAACCAAUGCAGCAGCAACCUUUACAACAGCCAGCGGACACGCGUAAAGAGCCAGAAAAGAAAGAACCAGAGAUAGCAGAACUUAUUUCAUUUGAUUAAUUAUUUAAACAAGCAUUUAUGAUUUUAUUACUUUUACAUUUACAUUGUUUUAUUAUCUUUACAUUUUAAAUAGAUAAUUCUGAAACUUGAGUUGACAAAUGUUUUUGUUAAUAAAGAACGUUAUAAAUAUUAUUAACAAAACUAGUUAUAUGUAAUAUUAUUAUAUCUGUACGAUUAAGAGUACAGGAAAAAUAGCUUUGUUAUUAAAUGCAAUAUAGAUUUAAAUUUAAACGAUUAUUUUUCUGCGUUGCAAAGGAAAAAGCACGAACCGUGCACGGUCGCGUGCACCGAAAUAAUACGACUGUCGCCUCAGAAAUUUUUUAAAAGUUUAAUGUUUAUACGUGUACACUUAUAAAUUUUUUACUAGGAAAAUUUUAAUGAAAAAAUCUGUAAAAAAAAGAGCAGAGUUAUAAUAAACUUGACAUUGUUUCGUAAUUCAA